GUGUCCACAGUGAGCUUGAAGGAUGGCAGGGAUUACUUUGACGCUUUUGUUUGUGGUGUUUCCUCUUUACAACACAGAGGAGCAUGUCGUUAAUGGUCUGUACACGCUGAUAGAAAAGGGUCAGAGCAGCUUUGUGGAUCCAGCUCUGAGCAAUCAGAGCAGACUGGUGGUUAAAGAGCCCAACCUGCCCAUCAACGAACUCCUAGAGAAGAGCAGCAAGAGCAGCGAGUCCAAGUUCAGCCUCCAUCCUCUUCCUUCUGCUGUGUGGCCCAAGCACACUGACCUGGCCCACAUCCCCCACCACCACAGUCCCCACAGCAAGAGCAAAAAGGGCCCAAAGAGUGACCGUUCGGAGGAGCACAACAGCGAGAAAGCCAGAGGAGAAGUUGCUGGUCUGCAUCCCAAAACCCAGGUCACUGCAGCUGCAGGUGCUUCCACCAACCGCACAGUACAGAAACCCAGUCAGGACGCUCAGUCCAACAUCAGUCCUCCUCAACACGGCGAGCCAGAGGGACACCCCAACUCCAGACCCAGAGCGCCGCCGCAGACCCAACCUCAGGCUCAGCCACAACAACCAGCUGCUCCCCCGCGCAAAGAUCCCCCCAACCGACGCAUGGACCCAGAGGAGAACCGGCCGGGGAAGUCCAGUCUCUAUCAGUCUGGCAUCAGUGCAGCGACUCGGAACAACAGCCGCCCGCCGGUGAUCUUUAACCGGCGCUCCUCCAGCCUGCUUUAUCAGUUUGACAUCAUGCGGCGAGAGUCCGACUUCACACAUGACGCCGUCUGUGUGAGCGAGUGCAGGAAGGAGAAGGACGAGAAGGAGCAUUACUGCUACAGUGAAUUUGCUGUCAAUGGGAUUGUCCAUGACAUCGACGUGUUGCGCAGAGGAAUCCGGCUCAUUACGCUGAUGGUCAGCAGUGAUGGCUUCUACAAGAUGAGCCGUCUGUACGUGACCCCUGACAGCUUUUUCUUCAAAGUGCGCCUUCUGGUCCUGGACACCUACAAGUGUAGCAAGCCAUGCCCUGACAUCAAACUAGGGACCAGAUACGUCAUAAUGGGUCAGAUCUACCACCGAAGACGCCACCUCCCCUCUGAACUCCUGAACCUGCUGGGUGGUAAACUGAAGCCCGGGGACGGCAUCCUGAGAAGCAACAGCUACGUCAAGAGAUACAACAAGCGGCGACACCAGAAAGCUCUGGAGGCCACGCGCUCCAGGUGUAGGUGAACCAGAGAUAAGACUAUCGCCCCUCGCUGCAGGGGAAGAGACACUGCAGCAGACGUGAACUGAUCUCACGUAGACAGAAGACAUGUGGCGAAAGCAUCGAUUGAGUUUCAUAUGGACUGCUCUGAUGCUAGCCAAGGACUGGAUCAUCUCCUUUUUACCGAUCUUUGAAAAUCCACAGUUGCUGGCUUGUGAUCUUUUUUUUUUCUUUCUUUCUUUUUACAGAAAACACAAGCAGCUACAAUUAAAUGGGUUUUAUGAUGUUUUUUCCAUGAGGCAAAUGUUAUUUUGUCAACAUACAAACUCUUCAUCCAUUCAUGGCUGGUUCAUGAAAUCCUUGCAUUAAUAAGGCAUUGCAUGUUAAAGGGAAAUUUGGCUCAUCUUUAGUUCACAUAUUACCGAGUGGGAAUAUUUUUAUGGAAGAGUAAUGCUUUUACUUGAGAAAAGGGUUUUCUGAAUAAACAUUUGAAUAGUAAAUCAUAACCUUUAACCCUACAAUAUCAGGAUAUUUGAUUUUUGUCUUUAAAAAAUCAUUCUCAUAGUACUCGGGGACAUUUUGCAUUUCUCUUCUCCCCCCAAAGAAAUUCUUUCUUUAAAUUCUCUAGAUGAUAGGGUUAGGAUCCAAACAUUAAGGCAUUUAGGGUACACAGACCACAGGAUGUUACAGAGAUAAUUAUCUCAGCUUUCCUGUAAAACUUUGCAUAAAAAAAGCAGAGAAAGCCCCUCAUUCCUUCAAUUUAAUGAGUGUAACAGUGUCCCCCUUACAUAGUUUCCUCCAGUCAUACUUUGGUUUGGUCUUUGAGAAAUAUACAUGGUAUUGCUAGAUGAACUGUGGAAUAUGCUGUUAAUUUAACAAAAACAAAACGUUUUUUUCCUUUAAUUAAAAGUUUGCUCUGUAUUUCCACAAUAACCUAACAAAACAAAGACAUGGAGCAAAUCUGGUUAAACUGAAACACUUCUACGCACGACUGUUCCAAAAUUACUCCAAAUCCUUUUUUCCCCUGUAAUUAACAGUUUCUAUAACCUUUUGAAGACUUAUAACAUGUAAAUCUUGCUUUAAUUAGCCAAUGGAUGCAAAAUAUUGUAUGGCAUUGGACUGUGUUGGUUUGCAACACUCAGUCCUGUGCAUGGCGUCACUGUGGGUUGAUAAUGGCAAGCAGGAAAUGCAAUAAUAAAAGGAAGGGAAUUGGGGGCCUUAAAAGCAGCACCAAACCUUCAGUGGAGGAGGAAGAGGAGGGGGAAAAAAAGACAAAAAGUGAGCAGAGAUUUUGCAUGUCACGAGAGUGGCUUACUUCUUUUAGUUUAAUUAUAUAUUUCAUGAUGAUGUCUGGCUAGGUCGACUGGGACAUCAAAAGGAGUCUUGCUGAAUGAGGAGGAGGAGGUACGCUGUUGUUGGGAGUACGCCAUAAAUCUAAUCGCGGGAAUCUGAUCCUCCGCACACCUGGACACACGACUGAAAGAAGUGCCUCCGUCACAGCUCCUUUUUGGAGUGCCUAUUGCUUUCCUCUCUUGCAAACAAACACAUACUCCUCUUGGACGGUGAGCAUUCAAAGUAUGUCGGCAGGAUCAGAGGAAACGUGAGGUGGGGAGCAAAGAGGAGGAGGAGGAGGAAUACAGACAGUUGUGUAAAAUAAUGCAGGGAGAGAAGUGAAAUUGUAGAGACCGUGUUGUUGCGUCUGUCUUUCUUAUUUAAUAAAAAAUCCCAGGCUCAA